AUGUCGGAUCUUAAAAUUUAUAAUAAUAUAAUGAUUAUUAUCAUGUUAUAUGUAAUAUAUCUUGUUAAUUCUUAUGAAUUCAAUUGUUAUCCAGUUGGGUAUAAUCAAAGUGAAGGUUUUAAAUCAGAAAAUGGAUUAUAUUGUAAUCAAAAUACUUGGUUUAAUACUUCUGUUUUUUUUAGUUAUGAUUUUACAUUCACAUCCACAUCCGCACUUCAAUGGAAAUCACUUGUAUUUUCAUCUUUAAAUGAAAUAACCAUUUAUUCCAACAGUUGGAUAAACGCACUGCAAUUAUUUUAUAUAACUGAAAACACAAGUGUUGUUUUCAAUGGAUAUUUUCACUCAGACAUUGAUCUAAUUGUAGAAGAAAAUGCAACAAUUCAAGUUUUCGGUCAGUUUUCAAUAGGUGAUCAUUUAACGAUUGAAAAUCCACAACUUGACAAGCCGCCUAUUGUAUUAUGGCAAUCCGAUAGACUUCAUUUGUACAAAGAUUAUAAAAAUUUUGAUAUAAGAAAUCCAAUCAACAAUUUAAAUUGUUUUGACGUGUUGUCAAUGAGCAAUACAAGUUGUUUGAAUUUUGACAAUUACAGCACUCACUUGACCACAGAAGACUUUCCUCACACUUUUAUAGAAGGUGUAGCACGUCUCUUAUCAAAUGGGAAACUUAUGAGAUUCUGUCCAAUAAAAACUAUUUUUGAUAACACAGUGACAUGUACUUUAAAUCAAUAUAAUUACCAAACAGAAUACAAUGGAAAUAAAAAUUAUGUGUUUUACUAUCCACACUGCCCAUGUGACGACUCAAAAACAAAUUGCUAUUUAUAUCUCAAUCAAAACAUUUCAAAUUUUAAUUUUCAACUUGUUGAAAUGCCAGACACAAUUCUCGUGAUAGAAAAAAGUGUUGAUAUAACUAAUGCAGAUAUAAUCAAAGAAAUUCAAAUCAAUGAUGAUAUCUGUGUAAAUAUAACAUCGCUGUAUAAAGACGAGAUAAUCCAAUUUUCAUUUGGGACAUUGACUGUAAUAGAAGGUAUUACACAAAAUUCAUAUUCUCUGAAUUUCAAUUCGACAACACACACUUUGAGUAUAUCUCAAAACUUAAAUUUUAACGUUGAAAUAUCAAGUGAUAUUACAGAAAUAAAAUUGGAUGUGGAAGGAAUCAUUGAUAAUAUUGUGUUGAAUGUAAAAUGUUUUGUAACAUUUGGAAAAAAGGUUGAAAAGGUCCACCAACUUACACACAAUGAUAUACUGAAAACAAAUGAUGUCGUUGUGUUGUAUUUUGAAAAUGAAACAAUCGAAAACUCAAUGAAUUCAAAUUGCAUUUUGAUGGAAAGUUUUAUGUCAAAAACUGUUUGUAUUAAAUGCAAUUCAAACACAAGACUUGUUGAUGGCAUGUGUGUUGGUUUAGCUCUAAACUGUAAAACAUUCAACUCAGAAAAUUAUUGUGUCGAAUGUGAAAAUGGAUAUCUGAUGAGUGCUGACAACAAAUGCAUACAAAGUUAUAAUUAUUGUAACAUUGGUAAUGAAGAUGUGUGUAUCAGAUGUGAAAAUGGUUAUUUUAUUGAUAAUGGGCGAUGCACAACAAACGAAAACUGCAAAGCAACAAAUGGUGCCAAUUGUAUAAAAUGCCACAACGGAGAACUCGACACUAAUUGUGACACAUGCGGUGAUGUCAACUGUAUAACAUGUGAAAACAACAGGUGUAUUAUAUGUAAUGAUGGCUAUUAUAUUCAAAACGAUGGAAAUUGUUUCCAAACAAAAACAGAAUCAAAUUAUGUUUACAACAACAUCAUUUACUGUAAAAAUGGGUAUUACAUUGAUAACUCUGAGUGCAAAAAUUGCUCGAGUAGAAAUACAAAUUGGAUGAAAUGUGAUGUUGAGAAGCCAAUGAAAUGUUCAACAACUUAUAAAAUCACAGAGAGUGGAAGUUGUGAAUCGACAACUUGCAAAAACAAUGAAGAGAUGGAACAGAAUGGGAGGUGUUCUGCAACACAAGAUAAUUGUGCGUUUACACUCAAUAAUAAAUGUGUUGAAUGUUUUAACAAUUACAUGAUAGAUGACAAUGGAAAUUGCAUGCAAAACAAUGGAGAUAACACACAAUAUAAAUGUAAAGAAACAACACAACAUGGGUGUGUGAGGUGUGACGACAAAUACUAUUUAUUAUUUGGUAACUGUGUGAGUUGUGAUGGUAACUGUGACACCUGCAUCUCAAAUUCAACAUUUUGUCUCUCGUGCAAAGAUGGGAUGUUUUUGAGUGACCACAAGUGUAUUACAAACAACGACUUGGAUGGUAUUUGCACACAGUUUAUACCAUCAGGUGGGUGUGUUAAAUGUGUUGAUGGGUAUUACAGAAGUGAGUUGUCUUGUGAAAGAUGCGAUGUCAAAUGUGGGACUUGCAACAACAGAGAAAGUUGUUUGACUUGCAACUUAACAAAUUAUAGAACAUCAAAUAACAAAUGCAGACCACAAAGCGAUAUUGUUGGCUGUCAACUAAAAACAACACAAAAUGGAUGUGCCAAGUGUUCUGAUGGGUAUUUCACAGUCAACACAAACGAGUGUGAGAAGUGUGGUGCAACUUGUUCAACAUGUUCACAAACAACAGACAUGUGUACUUCAUGCGAUACAAAUGAAGUUUUAGUUGACUCACAAUGUGUUGAUAUUUCAUUGAUAACAAAUUGCAAAGAAGUUGGUCAUUCAAAAUGCACCAAAUGCUCGUUUUGGCACACUCCAAGUGCAAAUGGCACCUUUUGCAAUAUAAAAGCUGUGUGGUGGAUGAUAGUUGUGAUAGUCGUUGUGUGUAUAUUAUUAAUCAUUUUAAUCACAACUAUUCUAUUUAUCAUAAUUAAAAUUGUUAUCAAAAAUAUUGAAAUGAAGAAAAAAGAGAAGACAACAACUCUGUUCAACAUGAAAAUGUCAAAUAUUACAUUUACUUCAUUACAAGGCGGCGUUUGUAUCAACAAAACUGAGUUGAUAUUUAACACCAAGUGUGAUGAAAUACCAGUUGGCAAAGAAAGUUGCGAACUUCUGUGUGUUGGUAAUACGACGUCCAAAACAUUGAAAAUUCAAAUAUCGUCAAAAUCAGACGAAGAGAGUUAUCAACUCAGAAUUGAGCCAGACAUUGUGAUUUUGAAGAAGGGGGUUGCAUGUGAAUUUUCGAUAUAUUUAACACCAAAUUACUCAUCAAACAUCACAAGUCAAAUUACUUUGAUUUCCAAGAACUUGUCAAGUGGAGUUGACACGUACAACACGGUUAAUGUGACAGCAAAAACAAUGAUGUCAACUAAACUUGAUUACCACGAGAUUGUGGAAGAUAAGAAACUUGGGGAAGGCUCUUUUGGAGUUGUUUACAAAGGGAGUUACAGAGGAAAUGUUGUCGCUAUUAAAAAGAUGAAACAAUUUAACUUUGAUGACGAAUCUAUCGAAGAGUUUGAAAAAGAAGUAGACAUGUUGGACAAAUUCAGAAGUGAGUAUAUCGUCCAUUUCUAUGGUGCUGUGUUCAUACCAAACAAAGUUUGUAUGGUCACUGAAUUUGCUCAAUUUGGGAGUUGCCAGGAUUUGAUGAAACACAAAAGUUCAAGUGAAAUUGACAUGAAAAUUCGAAUCAAAAUUACAAAAGGUGCAGCAAAUGGGAUUUUAUAUUUACAUGAAAAUGGGAUAUUACACAGAGACAUCAAACCAGACAACAUUCUUGUGUUUUCACUCAAUUCAAGAGAUAAAGUAAAUGCAAAACUAACUGACUUUGGAAGUGCAAGAAAUAUUAAUAUGAUGAUGACUAACAUGACUUUUACAAAGGGUAUUGGGACUCCAAUUUAUAUGGCACCUGAAGUAUUAAAACAAGAAAAAUACAAGAAAGAAGCGGAUAUUUACUCGUUUGCUGUGACAAUGUAUGAAGUGUUUGGGUGGUGUGAAAUAUAUCCUAAAAACAUAUUUAAAUACUCGUGGAAAAUAGCUGAGUUCGUAACAGCUGGUAAACGUGUUGAAAACAUCAACAACAUCCCAAACAGUUUAUUCGAAAUUAUUCAAAACUGUUGGAAACAAAAUCUAAAAGAACGUACUGAUAUCCAAACAGUUGUUACGAAUAUCAACAAUAUGAUGAGUAUAAAAUAA